AUGGAUAUUUUAAAAAUGGAAACAUUACCAAGUUGGAUUAAAUAUAUAUCAUAUAGUUAUUUUAUUUUUGGUACUCUUACUUCUAUAACAUUAAUUUAUGGUAUCAAAGCUACAUAUGGAAGAUAUAAUAAAGGUGCAUUAUUUAAAUCACUUACUUUAAAUCCACGUAUUUCAUGGAUGUUACAAGAAAUACCAUCAUUUUUAAUACCAUUUUAUUUAAUUAUUACAAGAAUUGGUGAAUAUAAUAGAUAUAAUUUAUUUGUUACAUCUUUAUUUGUUAUACAUUAUUUUCAAAGAUCAAUAAUAUAUCCAAUGUUAAUGAAAUCAAAAAAUCCUGUACCAAUUGAAAUAUUUUUAUCAGCUUUUACUUUUUGUACAUUUAAUGGAUUAAUUCAAGGAUUUUCUCAUCUUUUAUAUAUUAAUUAUAAUUAUGAAAAUAUUUUUACAUUUUCAUCAUCAAUUGGUUUAAUAUUAUAUUUAUCAGGAAUGUUUAUAAAUAUUGAAGCUGAUCAUAUAUUAAGAAACUUAAGAAAAAAUGAUGAAAGUGGAUAUAAAAUACCUAUUGGUGGUGCUUUUAAAUAUAUAACAUGCGCAAAUUAUUUUGGAGAGAUUGUUGAAUGGAUUGGAUUUUUUAUUAUAGGAAAAUCACUACCUAGUUUAGCAUUUGCUUUCUUUACUAUCGCAAAUAUUGGACCAAGAGCACUUCAACAUCAUCAAUGUAACCUAAAUAAGUUUAUUAUUAUGGUACAAUCUUAUCACUCACCAGUUUAUAUUUAUAAAUAUCCAUUUGAAUUAGUAAUGGCAGCUUAUGAAAUGAGGUUCCCAACAUGCCCUCAAAUUCCAAUUUUUGUUGGAUGUGAAGUGACAAAUGAAAAGGAAAGUGAAGAUAAAUCAUAUCAUAUGAUAGAAAGAAAAUGUGAAUUGAGUAUAGAUAUACCAUAUUUGUUAAAAAAAAUAGCUAAGAUAGAAUUAAUUUAUUUUAAGCAAACAAAUUAUCUUUAUCGUAGUAAAAGAGUUUUGAAAAUUGAUGCAGAGAAUAUUUCAUUUUCAAAUAGAAUAUCAAUUCACGAAGAGUGCAAAUAUUAUGCUCAUCCGGAAAAUGAAGAUUGGACUUGUUUUGAACAAAAAGCAACAUUAGAUGUUAAAUCUUUUUUUGGUUUUGAGGGUGCUGUUGAAAAAUUAGCUAUUAAACAUUAUACUGCAAAUAUUAACAAGGGUAAGGAAAUAAUGCAGGUGUUUAUUGAUGAGUUAGCUGCAAAAGGAAUAACUGAAAUUCCACGAUGGAAAGGUGCUGAAAUAAAUGAUGAAAAUAAAAAAAAUAAUGAAAUUUGCUCUUCGUUAACAAAUAAUAUAUUUAAUGAGUGUGAAGCUGAAUCAAAAUUGGAAGCAGAGUAUAUAAGAAGAUUUCUUGGACAAUUGACACCACUUGAAGAAAGUCGUCUUUGUGAAUUAAAAUAUGGUUUACAAGAUGUAUCAAAAGGAAAACUACCAAAUGAUGCACAUUUAUUACGUUUUCUUAGGGCAAGAGAUUUUGAUGUUAGUAAAGCAAGAGAUAUGAUAAUAAGUUCAUUACUUUGGAGAAAACAACAUAAUAUUGAUAAAAUAUUACAUGAAUUUGUACCACCACCAGUUUUAAAACAAUUUUUUCCUGGUUCAUGGCAUUAUAAAGAUAAAUCAGGAAGACCAUUAUUUAUUAUUAGAUUAGGUCAUAUGGAUGUUAAGGGUAUAUUAAGAGCAGUUGGAUUAAAUGUUUUGACAAAAUUUAUACUUUCAAUUUGUGAAGAAGGAUUAGAAAAAACUACAGAAGCAACAAAAGAACUUGGUAAACCUAUUAGUGCUUGGACACUUUUAGUAGAUCUUGAAGGACUUAGUAUGCGUCAUUUAUGGAGACCUGGUGUACAUGCUUUAUUAAAAAUUAUAGAAAUUGUUGAAGCAAAUUAUCCAGAAACUAUGGGACUAGUUCUUAUAACACGUGCACCACGAGUUUUUCCUGUUUUAUGGACACUUAUAUCACCAUUUAUUAAUGAAAAUACAAGGAAAAAAUUCAUGGUUAAUAGUAAUGAACAUAUAAUCGAUGAUUUAAAAAAAUAUAUUGAUGAAAAUUAUUUACCAACAUUUUUGUCUGGUAGUUGUUUCUUUUCUGCUCCAUCUGGUGGUCAUGUACCAAAAAAUUUAUAUUUAUCUUCAACAAGUUUAUUCAAUGAGGAUGAUGAUAUACUAAAAUCAAUAUAUAUUACAGGAAAUAUUUAUCGAUGUAUUCCUGUAGAAAAUUUUGUAAAAGUAUCUACAUCAGGAUGUGUAUUAACAUGGGAUUUUGAUAUUUUAAAAGGAGAAUGUGAAUUUUUAAUAUAUUAUUGUAGUAAUAUGUUAGAUGCACCUAUUGUACAAUCACCAACAAUAAAUGCUGUUGAUAGAGUUUCUGCUUCUAUUGGUGGACCAAUAUCUCCUUCAUAUCCAAUUCAUGCUUAUCCUGAUUUAUCACUUGAUAACAGUAUUAAAAUUGUAGAGAAACCACUUUUAUUUUCUGAAGGUGAUUCAAUGCAAGGAUCUCAUUAUUGUUCGCAACCAGGAACAUAUAUUCUUCAAUGGAGACAUCAAGAACCAUCUAAUAACCAACAUUAUAGUUUUGAUUUUUCUUUAUCAGGACAUAAAUGUAAACUAAUGUAUUAUAGUGAAUUAUUAAAUUCAAAUGAUUUCCGUGGUUCUGUCGCAUCUCUAGAAUCAUGUCGUUCAUCGUCUUUCAACUCAUUGGUAGGAAACACUUCUCAUUUGUCAUCUAAUGGAACUCCCAAAGCAACUAAAAAAGAAUUUGAAGAAAACAAAAACUAA